GCAGCAGAGGGGUGGGGUGGGGCAAGGGGGUGUGAUGGGUGUGGCCUCAGAGGCCAGGCAGGGCUCACCCUGUGCAGAGCAGGGACUGGUGCUGCUGCUGCUGCUGCUGCUGCUGCCACGGCUGCUGAGGUGGAGGCCUUGGCCCUGCUGCCACCCAGCGGCCCCCUCCAAGGUCCAAAGUCAGGGCCCUGGUGGGCUGGGGCACCGUGCCAGAGCCACUGCCCGGUGGCAUCCUCUGCCACACCCUGCGGGGCUGCAUCCUGGGCACACGGACAGGGAACCCAGACCAAAUUCCCUGAAGGGAGGUCAGCACAGGAGCUGAGGUGGAGCUGCCCCAGCUGGGCUCCAGAGGGGGGAUCCACCUCCUCCAGUGCGCCUGGGACCACUUCGGCAGAGGCCCAUGGCCAGGAGGCUUGGGCAGGCAGGGCCCGUUCUGCAGCUUUGGCGGAGCCCUUCUAUACCCUUGGCCCAUGGGGGGUCCAGGGGCUGCCAGUGGGCCCGGCCACGGAGCUCCCCACGCCCGCCCUGGGACACGGUGCAGCCCGAGCUCCCGCCACAGGAGCACACCUUUUGGGGGGCAGAGACCCACGUGGCCGAGGGAGGAUGUGUCCAGGGUGGGCACUGCCAGGGAGCCACACCCCGACUGGGUUCCCGGGCCUAAAGCAUGUGGGGCUGGGCUCAGGCUUAGCCGGGCUGUGCAGGGCCCGGCGGGCCUAGUUCGGCCAGAGCCACCUCCUCCUGCAGAACUUGGUGGGGGGCAAUGGGGGUACAGAUGGGACGAGCAAGUACUGCGCCCAUGGCCGUGAUGCCUAGAGUGGGCACCGCCAGCGAGCCGCACCCGCGAUGGGGAUCCCGGGCCUGGAGCUCGUGGGGUGGGGCGGAGCUUGGCUGGAGCCACCUCCUCCCCCAGAACUCCAUGUGGGGAUGAGGGGGAUGGCCCAGCACAGCGCCCAGGGCCGGGCUACCUCUGUAGGCCUCAGGGUCCCAGCAGCUUGGCUAGCUGUCCAGAUCCCAGGCAGGGCGUGUCCCCGCGCCUCCCCGUCCCUCCCCCCACCCCCCGGCCCCCUCGGGGGGCUUGGAGGGCCCUACAGACUUUCCGGGUACAGAACCAGGUCCUUGGACCCCUCAGUGCCCCUAUGACGGAAGGAGGUCUCUGGGACUCCGGCCGGGGGCAGGGGAUCGGACCCCGGGGGCCCAUUGGCCCAAGGGUAUUGCAUGAGGGUGGAGACAGCCGCUCUGAUCAGGGCUCAGUGAGGUUGCUCCCCCACCCCAGUGGGGUGGCAAACAACAAGCCUUUGUGGGGGAGAACUACUUGGCGGGAAACAGCCUGCACGAGGUCCAGUCUGCGCAGGCGCAGUGGCUGAACUGUGGUGCAUUGUGGGUGGGAAGGGGGCGGAGCUUCGUAGCCACGUCCUCGUGGAGGAGCACCUGGAGGCGGCCUCCAAAGGGCUGACAGAGGACAGACGGCCAUGCAGAAGGCUGAAGCCGGGGCGGGUGGAGUGGUGGGCCACGAAGAUGACCGGGAUGGCCGGGCAAUCCCUGAUGACCCGUGUGGCGCCCGAAACCAGGAAGCUGCGCAAGAGCAGGAUGUCGCGGGCCCGGCAGGUGCGCCUGAAGACGAGGGCCUACCCGCUCCCGUCCGUGUGCCCGUUAUGCUGGUACCUUAUGGCCCGUGGCCGGGUUGGCAGGCUGAGCUUGUCAUCAGCAGGCCGUCCAUGGGCCUGCACGAAUUCACCCUCAGCGUGCCCUUCCUGACUCCCACAGCAGCGGAGGUCGGCCAGAGAUUCCUGGCGUCUUUUAAGGAAUACUCAGAUAUUGAGAGCCAGCUGACUGUGAAUGGCAGCUGCGUAGUUGUGAAAUGGAUCGCCCAGGACUUUGACCGUCUCUACACAGAGUUCACCUCCUUCCUUGAUGUCCUGUUCCUCAUAUUCCAGAUGAUGAAGCGCUUGGGGCCCCAGUUUUCGGCUGGGUGUUGAUAGGAAAAGGAAGCUCAAGGCCAUGUGUCCCUUAGCAGACCGUGCGCAUCUUUCCCUAGGCCCUCGGUUCCUGAAUUAAUUGCUACGUUCUGUGUAGAUCAUUUCUUUUCCUGCCUUUGCUAGUCAGUCACUGGGUGCCGGGGGCCCACUUGUUUUGUGUCCCUGUGGCAGGACAGGAGACGCCAUUAAGCGUGUGGCACUGAAAAAAUAAAGCUGAGCAACCAUUCUGCGCCUGA